AUGAAUAUAUGGACUGAAUUAAAUAGUGAAGCCUAUCAAAAAUUACAUGAUACAUUACUUUACAAACCAACAAAAAGAGAAAAUAAAAACAAUGUACUGUCAAAUGGUCAAUUCAUUCAAAAUCGAACAACAUACGAACACAAAGAUCCAAUUUAUCUUCAUUAUACAUUUGAAAAUGGACCACUAUUAAAUUUUAAAAAAGAAUAUCGCAAAGUAUGGGAAAAAUAUUAUGUUUAUCCAGGAUCACGUUUCAAAAAUACACGACUCAUACUUAGUACUCUAUUAAAUCGAACUUUACAAAGUCUUUUAAUACACAAGAAACCUAAACGUGAAAUGCUGACCAGAAUACAACCAACCACAGAAGCAGCUCGUAGAACAAUAGAAGAACGAUUCCAUCAAUGA